AUGUGGAAGAGGGAGGCAGAAGAGUCAGUGUCAAGAGUGAAGCAAUGUGAGGAAGACUCACCAGUCAGUGCUGGCUUUGAAGACCAUAGGCCACUAGCUAAGGAACAUGGGCAGCCUCUAGAAGCUGGAGAAGGGAGGCAGUUUGGGUUUUUCUUUCACUGGAGAUCUUUGAGGCAUGUUGUUUUAAAAAAAAAAAAAAGUCAAGAUGGCAGAAGUGGAGCAGAAAAAGCAGCAAAGCAGAAGAAGCAGACCUUCUGCAAGUUCACCUCCUGUGGCGUGCACCCCGACCCACUGCUGGACUUGUCAUGCGAGCAGCGAAUGAAGCUGCACCGUGGCCUGUGGCAGAAGCAGCACUCACUGCUGAAGCGCCUGCGCAAGGGCAAGAAGUGGGCACUGCCUAUGCAGAAGCUGGAGGUGGUGAACGCGCACCUGCAGGAUAUGAUCAUCCUGCCCAAGAUGGGAGACAAGACGGUGGGUAGCAUGGUGGGCGUCUACAAUGGCAAGGCCUUCAACCAAGUGGAGGGCAAGCCCGAGAGGAUUGGCCAUUACUCGAUCACCUACAAGCUCAUGAAGCACGCCCGGCCAGGCAUCAGAGCCACCCACUCUUCCUGCUUCACCACCCUCAAGGAUUCUGCUCAGCCAAUAAAGGCACACACAUUUCUUAAAUAAAUAAAUAAAUAACAAAAUGUCUUUUCUCA